UGUGGGAUCUCUACGAAGCUCGCAAAUAACAAUUGAAAGGUGAAACGAUGACAGCUACUUUGACCUUAAUUUUUCGCUCCCCUAUCUGUAGCGAUAUGCCUGUGCGAUAGGCAAGUAUCGCUGUGCACGCCGAAGGAGAAAGCUGCGACUUCGGAAAUUUCUGAUAUCGCACCGGCGAGCAAUUCCGUUGGCUGUGGGAGCGACAGCUGUGCAGGAGCCAGCCGCCACAACGCAAAGGUACCUAGUUGAAGGCUUAUAACCGCAGCACUGCCUCGCUCCUUCGGAAGGUCGGUGUCGAGCGUGCUCCAACGACGUCGUGCAGAAGCGAACGAGGUGCGACGCGCAGCUCUCUCGACGAACCAUCUGCGGAAAGCGAUCGCCCCGUGCACAAAUAACGCGAGCCCGCAACAAGUUGCGCGUAUAGCGGAGGAUUCGCAUCGCCAUGGCCGCCAGCGUUCCCGUCGUGGGCUACACCAGUGCCAGGGGCCUGGCCCAGAGCGUGCGCAACCUGCUGGUGUACAAGGGCGUGCACUUCCAGGACAAGCGCUACGAGUUCGGACCGGCGCCGGCGUACGAGAAGCUCGGCUGGGAGGCCGACAGGGCCGCGCUGGGGCUGACGUUCCCCAACCUGCCCUACUACAUCGACGGCGACGUGCGACUCACGCAGACGGUCGCCAUUCUCCGGUACCUCGGCAAGAAGCACGGUCUCGACGCCAGGACUGACAAGGAGGCCGCGGAGCUGUGGCUCCUGGAGCAGCAGUCCAACGACCUGCUCUGGGCCCUCGUGGUGACCGCCAUGAACCCGAACACGACCGAGGCCCGCAAGGCCCAGGAGCAGAGGCUGGCCGACGCGCUGCCCCGCUGGCAGGAGCUGCUGAGGAAGCGUCGCUGGGCGCUCGGGGACACGCUCACCUACGUGGACUUCCUGCUCUACGAGGCGCUCGACUGGAACCGCCAGUUCGCGCCGGACGCGUUCGCGAACCGGCCCGAGCUGCUCGACUACCUGUCGCGCUUCGAGAAGCUGCCCAAGCUGAAGGAGUACUUCGCCUCCGACAAGUACGUCAAGUGGCCCAUCAUGGCGCCCUACAUGUUCUGGGGACACAAAUAAAGUCCGGCCAGCUGCCGAUGGCCCGCGC